ACACUACAUCAACACUUCUGGAGGAUUAUUGGAGUGGAAUUUCAGAAAGUUGCGACACCUGCAAGUCAAACAAAAAGAGGCAUUGCUUUUUUAAUGACACUGAUGUGAUGACCCUGAUACUGCCAUGGCCGGAGAGUCCAGAUGAUAGACAUCCUGUGAUACCCGACCCAGCCAUGGAAGUUCCUGUGAAAAAUGGAACUCAGUUAUAUCAUCUGUCCUCCGUCAUUUGCUGGAGACAUUCAACUGCUUCUGACACCAGCAGCAUUUACACAUAUCUGAUGUGUGGAGAACUGGUGUUUAAGGCGGAGAAUGAGCGGGUAUCACUGGAAACGAUCGACUGUGCUGCUGACGUUUGCAGCAAUGGGUACAUCUAUGUCUAUGAAAAAGCCACAGAAGUACAGGACCAAUACAGUGUAGGGUUCAAAGUCUGAAAAACAAAACACAACAAGGGUGGGUGGAGGGGCACAGGACGGGGGGCCAGAGUCCAAAUAACAACAAAAAACAACCCAACAGGGUGGGCGGAGACACACGAAGGAGCCAAGAGUCCAAAAACAACAGAAAACAACCCAUCAGGGUAGGCGGAGGCACCGGAGAUGGAACCCGCGGGGAAAGUCCGGCAGGCGUCUACGGCGCCGGAGAAGGUCCAGAGGACAUCCACGGCACUGGGGACGGGAACCAGGAGGUGCGGCGUAAAGACAGAGACAGCACGAUGACACCAAAUGAGACGAGGACCUGACAAGGGUGGGUGGAGGGGCACAGGACGAGGGGCCAGAGUCCAAAUAACAACAAAAACCAACCCAGCAGGGUGGGCGGAGACACAGGAAGGAGCCAAAUGUGGGUCCGGCGGGCAACGUCGGUGCUGGGGCCGGGCCCCUAGAGGCUUGUCCGGAGGUCGACGUCGGCACAGAGGCCAGGCUGUGGGAGGCGGGUCUGCCAGGCGACGUCGGCGCAGGGACCAGGCCACAGGAGGCGGUGACAAGGAGUCUCUGGGAGAAUCUGGAGGAGCACUAGGAGGCUGGUUCUCGGGAGGAGCACUAGGGGGCAACGAGGAAACAUUGGGAACACUAGGGAGCUUGGAGGAGAUGCUAGGGAGCUCGGAGGGGACGCUAGGAAACUCGGAGGAACUAGGAAGCUCUUUAGGGGCCAAGAACCCACUAACUGGGCCCGAAGGCUCACUUACGGGGAACAGGCCACGCCAUCAGCCGCGCCCCCUGUUGGCCCGGUGUCAGGCGGCCGCCUGGAAACCCAUCACCAUGGGGACCGGAGCUGACUUAGAUUUUACUUUUGACGUGUAGAA